CUCUGUCGCCGGCCGGGGGUAGCUGCGCCCCUCUCAGUCGGCGGCGCUUGGUGUCGCCCGGGAGAACCAGGUCAUCGGUCCGUUCCCGUGAAAACAAAAACAAUCGGCGGCGCCGCGGCGGGCGGCGGGACGCAGCGAGCCGGGGACGCGGAGCCGGGUUGGGGCCGGGCGAGCGGGAGCGGCGGCGCGGAGCACCCCGGGGGCCAUGGGGCAGGCGGGCACACGCUGCGCGGGGCUGCCCCGGCGCCGCGGCUAACGCGCCCGCGCCGCUCGCCUUGGGGGACGAGGAGCAGCAGGACGCGGCCUCGGCUGGGCCCGGGCCGGACGGCAGCGAACACCCGGGCGCCGGCGAGCCGAGCGCCGCCUCCGGCAUGGAUCAGUGCGUGACGGUGGAGCGCGAGCUGGAGAAGGUGCUGCACAAGUUCUCCGGCUACGGGCAGCUGUGCGAGCGCGGCCUGGAGGAGCUCAUCGACUACACCGGGGGCCUCAAGCACGAGAUCCUGCAGAGCCACGGCCAAGAUGCUGAAUUAUCAGGGACACUUUCACUUGUUUUGACACAGUGCUGUAAGAGAAUAAAGGAUACUGUUCAAAAAUUGGCCUCAGACCACAAAGACAUCCACAGCAGUGUUUCUCGGGUUGGAAAAGCCAUUGAUAAGAAUUUUGAUUCUGACAUCAGCAGUGUGGGAAUCGAUGGCUGCUGGCAGGCGGACAGCCAGAGGCUUCUCAACGAGGUGAUGGUGGAGCACUUCUUUCGGCAAGGCAUGUUGGACGUAGCUGAGGAGCUCUGCCAGGAAUCUGGUCUUUCUGUAGACCCAAGUCAGAAAGAACCAUUUGUGGAGUUAAAUCGAAUAUUAGAAGCAUUAAAAGUCAGAGUUCUGAGACCUGCUCUGGAGUGGGCAGUAUCAAACCGUGAAAUGCUCAUAGCCCAAAACAGCUCCUUGGAGUUCAAGCUGCACCGACUCUACUUCAUUAGCUUGUUAAUGGGUGGAACUACAAAUCAGCGAGAGGCGCUGCAAUAUGCCAAGAACUUCCAGCCAUUUGCCCUAAAUCAUCAAAAAGACAUUCAGGUUUUAAUGGGAAGCCUUGUGUACCUGAGACAAGGGAUAGAGAACUCACCUUACGUUCACCUGCUCGAUGCAAACCAGUGGGCUGACAUCUGUGACAUCUUCACGCGGGACGCCUGUGCCCUCCUAGGGCUGUCUGUGGAGUCCCCACUCAGUGUCAGUUUCUCAGCAGGUUGUGUGGCGCUGCCAGCUUUAAUUAACAUCAAAGCUGUGAUUGAACAGAGGCAGUGCACUGGCGUUUGGAACCAGAAAGACGAAUUACCUAUUGAAGUGGACCUUGGUAAAAAAUGCUGGUAUCACUCUAUAUUUGCCUGCCCCAUUCUUCGUCAGCAAACGACAGAUAACAAUCCACCCAUGAAGCUGGUCUGUGGUCAUAUCAUAUCAAGAGAUGCCCUGAAUAAAAUGUUUAAUGGGAGCAAAUUAAAAUGUCCAUAUUGCCCAAUGGAACAAAGUCCAGGAGAUGCCAAACAGAUAUUUUUCUGAAGAAAUAAUUUUAGUUUGCAAUUUGUCUUGGUAGCCCUAUCCUCUGAAAUCUGCCUUCAGGACCUGGCUGUCUCUUGCAACUUCGCCUGUCAUUGCAGACACAGUGUUUUGUGUGUGUGGACUAAUGUGCACCAGCAUCAAGCAUUGUGUAUCUGGAAGGGAAGAAGCAUGUUCCAGUCCUAAAGUGCAGUCACCUAACCCAUCACUAUUGAAGUCCUUCAAGUUAGAAGCUAGCAGAAUUUCUGUAGCACGGGAUCUGAUUGCCAUUUUCAUUUCUGAAUAGUUUCCUGUCCAGUGCCUCUCUUCUGUGACAUGGAUCAUCUCAUUGACUGAACGCCUGUGUAGUGCUCUUGUGGAUACAGAUAAUGGACUUUUUCUCUUGUGAGGGAUCUUCAUUUAAUCCACUGUCCAGAAAUAGCUGUGUGUACCACCAGUCCUCCUCUGGAUGCUAUGCUAACACAGAAAAGACCACCUCUAUGGAGAGAAUUCUGACUUAACCCCAUGGUUACUUUGUUAUGAAAGAAUGUUACAUGGAAACCACCAAAUAUUCUGCAGCUUUAUUUCAUCUGCCAUGGAGCUGAACCAUCCAGACCAAGAUACUUUGAUGAGAAAAUGGAAUAAGCAGAAAACACAGAUGCAAAGAGGAAUGUGACACUUCUCAUUCUAAACCACAGAUGGGUUUAUUUUUAGGGAGGGGGUCAGUGAGCUAGGUGCUCGAUUGAUGGACCAUUGGCAGCGUUUGCAGUGAUCCCUGAGCCUGGCUGGCUACCCCUGAGGGUUUCCCUGUGAGAGCUGGAGUUGGUUUGUGAGGGAAGUGAGGACGGCAGGGGAGUGCUGCUUGGCAGCCAUGGGGAGGCAGCCCUCCACGGGGUUGUGAUGAGCCUGGCUCAGAGAACCGGCUUUGUCCUUGCCUCAUUCUGGCUCUUUUCUGUCACCUGUUUGCUUUUCACCAUUGGAACCCUCUGAAUAGGCACUGAAGGAGGAAAGCUGAGACAGGCUCCUAGACUGCUUAGAGAGUUCCAGGCCACACUCUGGGUCACAGGUGUAAACUGGCUUACUAUAUAGAUUUAUGUUUUCAUUAAACCUUUGGAAGUAUCUUUUUGAAACAAAAGUUUUUCUUCCUUGGGUCAAAUGGAGCUUUAUUUGCAACUCAUUCUCAUUUUCCGCCUCAAGACACCUAUGUAACACUUGUUAGGUGUCUCCAAUGUUUGAAUGAUACACAUGCUCUGAGACGGGGGCAGAUCACUGGCAGGCAUUCACUUGACAACAGUUGGAGCUUGUGCCACUCUAAGGACAAAAGCCAGAAUUCUGCUGUGUCCCCUGCCCAGCAAUGGGAGCCCUAUUGACAGUCUUCUGUGCAACUCAUGAAAUCUUGAAAAGGAUGCGCUCUUCCUAAAGUUUCUGUCUCCAGGACUUGCUGCGAAAGGUCCUGUCAAGUCCACAGGGCGGGGGGGGAAGGCCAACAUGUGACACCCUCUUGAUCUGACGAUUGUAAUGUGAAAAUUGUGCUGUAUACCCUCUAAGUACAUGGACUUAAAAUCUAUUGGAGACUAAAUGUGCAGGGGAGGUGAAUUUGAAGAGAGGCCAGGCUUUAACAAAGAUGGCACAGGGUAACAUUUUGCUUUCUGCUUAGAAACACCUUAACAGACGGUGGGGCUCCCAGCCAGCUAGGCGUCUUAGGCACAGGAAGAUGCUGGAAACUCCUGGGAGCUCUGCCUCUUCUUGUAGGAGACAGUGGUAGAGAUGUGAUUAAUGAUAAAUACAUGCUGGGAAGAGUUUCCACUUAUCAAUACUGGACAAAAUUCAUAGGGGACUAUGCUAAACCCAUGAGGUCUCUCUCUCCAAUCUUUAGAUUGUGACCUAGCCAGAGCUACUGUGUUGUCAGGUACAGUCUUUAGACUUCUAGGGUUGUCCUCCUUCCAUCUUUUCUUCUUUUUAGGAGUGAUGAUCCACAGAUUCCAUUUCUGUUUUAUCGGUGAUUAAUUAUAUGAGACUUUAAAAUUAAAUAUUCAUAAAUGAACGGGUAUUGAUGUCUCUUAAUGUAGAAACUUUCUAAGAGACACCUCAUAUGCAUAGGGUGUGUAUUAUGUGUGUGUGUGCCCGUGCGUGCGCAUUUAACCACAACUAUGGAAGUUUAUGAAGUCGAUCUUUUGUUGUGAAUUUUCUGUAGCAGCUAAAACCCACACCAGGUUCUGUGGGCAGUGAGGAUCCUUGUUUUUCUCUUCAGUGAUCCCAGAGGUUUCACAGGUUGAGUUCAGUGUUUUUUUAUGCCGCAAGCAGCUAUUUCAUUGUGAUCAAGCAGCUAUUUCAUCAGUGAUGACAGCCUUUGGGACCGUGGGUAUUGCAAAAAAAAAAAAAAACAAGAGCUCUUCGUUAUUCGCACAAGACAAGCUGCUGAUAGAAUACGUUUAGCCUCUGGUUUUCCAGUUUGACCUCUGAUAAAGUGGACUGACAGCCAAGCUGGCCAAUCUGCUGGUCAGCCGACUCAGGUUAUUUUCAGGGAAGGUAUGGAGGCAUGGUUUGGUUAGUUUUAUCCCUAGGGAAGUAUAAGGUAAAGACACAAACCAAAUACCUUUUGUUAGCUAUGUGUACAUUACCUUGGGUAACACUAGAAUGCUGUGGUCCCAACAGGGUGUUACUGGUGAGGGACACUGGGAGGUUUGGAAUUGUGUAGGCCUGUCCUACAAUGGCAGGUUUCAUGUGGUACUCUAGUGUUCACUAUAAGCAGGUACAAACUUCAUGAACUUUUCUGACCGAACUCUAAUUGAAUAGAUACCAAAAAAUAGCAUGACAAGUGUGUUUUAAUAGCAGACGAGGCGUUCAUUUUAGGGUGGAUUUUCCACGCUUGACUUGACUUCAAGACAUGGCAAGAGCCACAAAAUUCUGUUUAUCAAGACAUUCGCACCACAGUUAGAAACCGUGGUGGACACACACUUCAAUGACUUGCAAAGAGGCACAAGCAGCUGGAACUGGUUUCCACCACACACCCUGUUUCACACUGUGGGUGAGGACCUGCACUCCCGUGUUUUCCGCCAUCAAUUAACCAUCUCCAGCGAGGCUGGAGUUUUCACUAGGAGUUAGUGCCUGAUUGGGGGGGGGGGGGGGGGGGAGGGGGGGGGGGGGGGGGGGCAACAGGAGAAGGAAGCAGGAGUGAGUAUGCCUGUCUGAAGUUCACCAUGACCCCCACCUGUCUUGCAGAGAACAGGUGUCUGCCGUGUUUUGCCCUAACUGCCGUGUGCAUGUAUUUUCCCCUAAUCCAUGUUUUCUACACUCACACUAAAAGGAUUCAUCCAAUCAUCUGGUUCAGAUGGCUCAGGAUUGUAUUUCUUUGGCUUACCCUGUGCUCUUGGGUUUGAUAGUAUUUCUAUAAUUAUGUAACAAGAAUAGUGUUGCACUGUAAUCUAUCAUAUAGAGCUAUAUGUAUGGAAAUUUUGAUCAGCUUUUUUUUUUAAGAAAUGUAUCCUGUUUGCAAAGGCACAAUAAAGUUGCAUCUUAUAGACUAUAGGCAAUAAAGCUAACAAUAAACCUUAUUUAACACAAA